AUGCAGCCGGGUUCACACAUGUACGCCAAAAUGACAAGUCCGACCGAGGGGGGAUGUGACCGAUCACCUAGUCGAUUCGUAAAAGGGCUACAUUCCCCAUACGUCAAGCCCGACUCAAAGAGGUCGUCGACUUUGAUUAGCUGUCCAUACGACCAUCAAUGUAAAUCGACGGCACCCGACUUUGCUGCGCUGAUGUCUCAUGGGGUUUGCACACAUGGCGUAUUCGAUUCAUUCCUAUGUCCCUUCUGCCCCUUUUCUAUAGACAAUCCCGAGGCGCUGGUCCACCACGGUAUCAUGAAGCACGGUUUCUAUCCCAGAAGCCACCCAAGCUGUAUCGAUCUCCCUUGCUCUGACUCCACGCGGACCACCUACAGGGCGAGGAGAAUGCCUGAUCGCUCCGAUUACCUAGAGGAUAGAGUGCUUUCGGACCACCUAUCAUCGGAUAACCCUACUCUGUCGUGGCGGCCUUCCUUGGAUUAUGCAGCCGAAGGACGCUUACGGAAUACCCAUUCCCGUACUGGUCAUCGCGAACGUAAUCCCCUUCGUAGUGUAAAGAAACACCGCUCCCACUCAAAAGACAGCAGUAAUACCACGCCUUCCCCCUCUCCCUCCCCCUCUCCCUCUCGUUCUCCAUUGAAUUUGGAUCUUUCUUACGAUUAUACCCCACCGGUGGACCUCACAGCUAGCGCCUUGUAUAGAUCGCUCCUCGCACCCUUUGUAGAACCUGAACCGUAUCCGAUGCCAGAUUAUGCGGAAGACACGGUCAUAUACCCGCUCGAAAUGCCGGAGUUCGACGAUGAUGUCUUUGGUCGGUCGUGUGCCGAUGACCUGUAA